CAUUAGUGACAUUCUCGUCUUAUUAGAUCCCUUUACGUUUGUUUUAUCAUUAAGUUUCAUUCGGCAGAAAGCCAAUUCGUGGGCUACGAUGAAGUUGGAGCCCCACAUUACUAAGCUCAGGUUCUCGAAGCGAGUUGUUCCAUGCAAAACCAAAGCGACCGACAACUCUAGUAUUGGCUGGCUUGCUGUGGGGAUCUCAUUCCCCCCCAAAAUUUGGUUUAGUGGGGAUACUUCUUCGCACUUCGUGUGUAUAAGGGUCAUUCCCCCCGCCCAAGUUUGGCCUGUUGUUUGGCCUGUUUGCGUACCUGAGCCGAUAGAUCACUUCCUCAAGAUCGUCCUAAAGUGCAUCGAAAAUGUCCAAUACACCUUCAUCAACCCUCCAUCCACCGUACGCAAAUCUUAAUGUCCUGUUCUGCCACCCGCGAACGUCCUCUCACCUUCUUGCAAAAAUUCUCAACCUCCCAGCGCAACCUCAUAUUCACCAACAUGCCAGUGAUGGGUAUUUCUUUCUUCGGCCAACCGGUCUACGCUUUCAGAAAGGUCUCGCGGGCAAAAAUGUCGCUUCCUGGACUGAGGAAGAGAAGGAAGCGAUGAAGGAAGCUUUUCAGAAGAGUUAUGAGGAUCUAGAGAAAUUUGUGCAAGAGGCAAAAUACGAGGGAAAGGGAAUUUAUGUCAAGGAGCAUGUUCUCUGGACAGUCGAACCCGUUUCAGAGUCUAUGUUCUUGUAUGGCCCCGGCUGUACGACCAGGGAACCCUGGUACGCUAUCACAAUCCGCACAUCCGCUAAUAUCCUUGAAAAAGAGAUGGAAAGCAGAAAGUCAGAAGGAAACGAGACUUGCCUCCCAGACUCAUUCCUAAGGAAACUGAAGCCCACGUUCUUAAUCCGCCACCCGGCUCUUGCAUUCCCAUCAAACCUCCGAACUGCCAUCGAUAACGAAGGCAUUGAAACUGUGAAACGUGCACAUGGGAUCCAUACCUGGGAAAUGACAUAUCACUGGCUCCGCGCGCUGUAUACUUGGUACGAUUCGCAUCUUCCACCUGAGCAACGUACUACAAAUAUUCCGGAGAUCACAUUUCCGAUUUUGCUCGAUGCAGACGACAUCACAAAUCCAUCUCACAUUCGCAGAUACACGGAAGCGAUUGGUUUAGACCCAAGCCUCCUCCGGUAUGAGUGGGAAGCAGCAAGUGAGCAUGAACUAGAUGGUAUUGGGAGUAUGGAGAAGCGGAUGAAGGAGACGAUUCUGAAGAGUACAGGGAUUGUGAAGGGGAAGACGAGUGCGGAUCUGGUGAUUGGGGAUGAGAAAAGGAAGUGGAGAGAGGAAUUUGGAGACGAUUUGGGGCAAAGGUUGGAGGGGUGGGUAGAUGGUGCAUUGGAGGAUUGGGAGUGGUUAAGAGGGAGAGCUCUGCGGAUUUAUGGGAGCUAAAGGGCGCAGCAUAUAGAGGUCAUAAUACAUGCAUAGCGAAAGGGA